AUGGAAGUGAAAGAGAGACGUCCCUACUGCUCACUGACCAAGGGUCGCAAGGAUAAAGAGAGACCCUACGCAUACUGCGGCGUAGGCUCCCAGGGGCCCCGGGUCCCCACGCAGAAGUCGUACUCGUCCAGUGAAACACUGAAGGCGUUUGACCAGCAUCAGGAUCAAACCAGGUUACUGUAUGGAACGACCAGGGGACACAAGGACAUGGUACACCGCGAGCAGGGCGACUUCAGCAGGCAAGGUCAGAACUUCGGCCUGCGUCAGCUGGGCAUCUGCGAGCCGGCGGCACGCCGCGGACUGGCCUUCUGCUCCGAGAUGGGCCUGCCCCACCGCGGCUACUCCGUGGGCACGGCCGGCGAGCUGGACGGCGACCGGCAGGCCGUGAUGUCCCCCGAGCACGCCAUGCGGCUCUGGGGCCGCGGGGCCCCGGUGGGGAAGACCCCCGGACGCAACUCCUGCCUCUCCAGCCGCUCCAACUCGGCGCUAACGCUCACCGACACAGAGCACGAGAACAAGUCGGACAGCGACAACGCUGAACGGUGA